AUGGUCGGAUUGGGCGUGCGCAUGGGGGUGAGUGCCAUGAUGACAACGGUUCUUGUUGUUAACAACAAUCCCGACAAUUUGCCUGGACGGUACACCCAGCAGCUCAUCUCUCGAGCAAGGGAGGCCGGCUUGCAGGUGCGGGAAGUUCGUUCAGUUGAUGCGGUGAAUGCUUUGGCAGCGGACCUCGCUCAAGAAGAUGCAGGCGCAGGCGACAUCGGGCUCAUUGUCUCCUGUGGAAGCCCAGUAGUGCUCACUGAGCCUGUUGACCUUCGGGCACAUGUUGCCAAGACGACAGCUGCCAUGUUGCAGUUCCCAGACGUGCCAGUUGUUGGGAUUUGCUACGGCAUGCAGCUCCUGACAGUACUGUACGGAGGAAGAUUAUUAGAGCAGCGAGAAAGUGCCCAUAGAGGGGAGUGGGCGGAGUUGAGGCGAUCGCAUGUAAAGUCGCGGUUGUUAGAUGACAUACCUUCGAAGUUCCCUCAAUGGGCAUCAAACUUCAUUUUCGUGGAUCAGCUUCCGCCAGAUUUUAGAGCGACGGCCGUAGACUCUGCCAACAGGGUGAUGGCGAUGGAGCACGUGGAGGAUCAUGUGUACGGACUCCAGUGGCAUCCAGAGGUCAUCAAUAGCAAGAUUGGUCGAAGAAUAAUGGACCGUAUCUUCUCGCUUGUUGGCAAGCCCCGCGCAACUCAUCGCGGCACUUGUGCUCCUGCCGCAGGUCUGAAACCUGAACCUUCAUUUGGUGUGCAGGUUUCGACAGGUGACAUGGAGGUUCUGAGCUUUCAUGAGGUGGACCUGGAGUUGCGUAAGGUCGUCAAGGACCUUAUACAGCGCAGUGGUGGCGGCAGCGCUGCUGCUGAUCUUGGACGAUUGCUUGCAGGCAGACGCCGUGAGUUGAUGAGCACGCUUCGUAGUUCUCAAGCUGCCCCGCGUGUGGGAACGGACGGUGAUGGCAGCCUUGGGGCAGCGUUGAACGCUGCCAGUGCAGCUCUGCGAGAGGUAGCUGACGCAUGGCUGUUAAACCCUGCGCCGGCGGGGUAA